AUCGUUUAAUUUGGGUCGUUGGGGUUGCUAGUCUCGCUGACCACACACUGAAGUUAUCACCAGUUUAAAAGCAAAUACACGCUUUGAACGUCCUUAAAGUUGUACAGGUUCCCGUUGAAAACGUGGGCGAAUAGUCAAGAGACAUGUAGCUAUCGAGCUAGCAGUCUCAACACAUACACCGCAGUAUCUACCGUAAAAGGUAAUUAAUGCUAGCUUUGCAUUGCAUACAGUAACUUUACAAGUCCACCAUCUUUCCAUAGUGAUAUCUAGAACAUUUCUGGAAAUAUGCGAAACUCAAAAAUGUUUUUGUUAUGCGCUGACCUGAAUCAACAUGUUUAAUAUUACACAUGUAUUAUUGCAAACGUGUAAUCGUGUUCGAAAGGUUGCACCAAACAUAUGCAGUCAUCAUGUUUGUAUCAUCGACAUACAUUAUAAUGUACAGAAAUACAUUAUUUAAAGAGCAGUUGCCUCGACCGAUAUGUAAUGUAAUAUAGAGAUACUGUAUAGGCUAUAGUUUAGCCUUCGAAAUACAAUGCUUAUGAAUGCUUUAUGCUGGUUGGUUGAAGUAUACGUAUUAGGGAUGCUCCGAUCGAUCGGCCAUCAGUAUCAGCCGAUUUCCGUGAAAAAUCAUGUGAUCGGCAUAUGCCGAUAAAUGCUUUUCAACGUUGAACACAAAAGCCGAUCACCUGUGGCUAGUACGAUUGCAGGCAGCAGCGAUCCCUGCGUGAAUGUAUGUAGUGUCUUGGGCAGCGUCCUCCCCCUACUUUUCUUCACAGUGCGCAGGUGUGCCAUAACAAAACCAACAAUAUAUGCCAUGUGGAACUUAACUGCCAACACAUGCCACAAAAUCUAGCUCCCGGGUUAGCACGUUAAAAGCUUUAAUGGAAUACAACAUUUGCAGAACAAACACUGCCAGCAAACGCAGCCAUGUGGACAACACUCGCCAUGUGCGUGACAGUCAGAGGGCUAAGCAAAUUAGGGGUUUGAUCCUCCGUCCUCCCGUGACCAUGUCAAAGUAUCCUUGGGCAAGAUACUGAACCCCCAGUUGCUCCUGAUGCUGCCUCAUCAGUAGUCCCUAGAAACUACGAUCCAACACUUCACCCGUUUGAGGUGUGCAGAGAAUACACCAGGGCCCUUAAUGCCACUAAGCUGGAUAGGGUGUUUGCAAAGCCUUUCCUGGCAUCAUUGGAUGGACACAGAGAUGGGGUGAACUGCAUGGCCAAGCACACCUCUAGCCUCUCCAUGCUGCUGUCUGGCUCUUGUGAUGGAGAGGUUAAAUUGUGGAAUCUUUCCAAACGGGAAUGCCUCCGCACACUCCAAGCCCACGAAGGUUUUGUCCGGGGAAUGGUUGUACGCUUCUGUGGAACUUCCUUCUUCACGGUUGGUGAUGACAAAACAAUCAAGCAAUGGAGAAUAGAGGCCCCAGGUUAUGGCGAGGCAGAAGAGCCACUAAACGCCAUUCUGGGCAAGACAGUCUUCACAGGACUUGACCAUCACCAGAAUGAAGGUGUGUUUGCAACAUGUGGCCAGCAGGUGGACAUCUGGGAUGAGCAAAGGAGCAGCCCCAUCCGUUCUUUCACCUGGGGAGUAGACAGCUUCAGCUCUGUCCGUUUCAACCCUGUGGAGACUCAACUUCUUGCAAGUUGUUCCUCUGACAGAAGCAUCGUGCUGUAUGACAUGAGAGAAGCAGCGCCUCUUAAAAAGGUCAUCAUGACAAUGAGGAGCAACACAUUAUGCUGGAACCCAAUGGAGGCCUAUUUCUUCACAUGUUGUAAUGAAGACUAUAACCUUUACACGUACGACAUGAGACAGUUAAACCAGCCGGUCACAGUGCACUUAGACCACGUGUCUGCAGUGCUCGAUGUUGACUAUUCUCCCACUGGAAGAGAGUUUGUGUCUGCUAGUUUUGACAAGAGCAUCCGCAUCUUCCCCAAGGACAGUGGACGUAGUAGGGAGGUGUACCACACCAAGCGCAUGCAGCAUGUCAUCUGCAUCAAGUGGUCAGCAGACAACCGCUACAUUUUGAGCGGGUCAGAUGAAAUGAAUAUUCGACUGUGGAAAGCGAAUGCAUCUGAGAAACUAGGAGUGCUGCCCCCCCGAGAGAGGGAGGCCACCAACUACCGGCAAAAGCUGACAGAGAAGUACAAGGACUUCCCGCAGAUCAGACGUAUCGCUCAUCACCGACAUCUCCCCAAGCCCCUCUUUCACCAGUCUAAGGAGCUAAAGAUAAUGAAAGAGGCUCGCCGCAAAAAGGAGAGGAAUGUCCGCAAGCACAGCAAACCAGGAAGUGUACCUUUGGUGUCUGAGAAGGAGAAGCAUGUCGUGGCUGUGGUCAAGUGAAACACAAGUGCAAAAGACUGUGGAGGUGCAUCACAUACACAUUGUGAUCCGUCAUCUCUCACUUCCCUUCAGUGGACACUCUUUUUUUUUAUUUUUAUUUUUUCCUCAAGUCAAAGCUUUCACAUUAUACUUUCAAAGAAAUUGUUUGACAUGAUCACUUUAAAAGUGACGUGGCAGGCUGUUCCUGAAACACCUUCACUGUCAGGGUGCAGUUGAAAUGUGACUUCAAUAAAUGGAUGUUAGUGAAGACCCAAUAGCGUGAAUCUGUGUUAUUUAGACCAGUUAGCAAAAAUAAAGAACAUGUUUC